CUGCUCUUCAAAUACGCUGCGGCUUCGUCGUCAAACCGAAAGCAAGUCUGAACUUGCUUCACAAGGAAACCUCGCAGCUAAAACCUCCUCUUCUUUAGGGGGUUAUGUGAGUGGACGGAGACAGAGCAUCGAACCGGACCGACCAACACUCCUCCGUUUCUCAGUGUGAAGAUUAGAGGUAAGCUCAGCUGCAAGUCUCCGGCUCUGGUCUGUUUCUGAACUGCCUCAGCAUGGAGACCCAAACGCUUCAUGAAAUUGAUGAGGAGCUGACAAAGAGUGAGGUGGCUGCCCUGAAGUUCCUGUGCAUAGACUUUGUUACCAAGAAGCGUUUGGAGGGUGUGAAGGACGCCAAGGACCUGUUCCUGCGGCUGAACGAGCAGGCCCUGCUCGAUGAAAACUUUUUCCUUGCUGAGCUGCUUCACACCAUCGGCCGCUUUGACCUACUGCGGCAUCUGGGCACCAACAAAAGAGAGAUCGACAUCCGGCUGAAGAAACGGACAGACUCCAGCUCGGGGGUUUCACCGUACAGAAUAAUGCUCUACAAGCUGUCUGAAGACACAACGGAUCAAAACCUUCAGACUAUAAAGUUCCUUAUGGACAAACUGCCCAAAUCAAAACUGCAGGCAUCUGCUACGCUCCUGGAUGUUCUGGCAGAGAUGGAGAAGAUGCAGAUGCUCGGGGAAGAUAACCUGGAUGAACUGGAGAGGAUUCUGGGCGAAUGUGAUAAACAGCUGGCAAGCAUGGUACAGCAAUUCAGGAACCUUCAAACAAGAGAACCACACAUCUCCAGGCAAGUUUGUCCUAGUCCUCCUCAACAAGAAGAAUCCAUGGACAUUUCCAAUACACAGAAUCCUCUGUCCAUCGUAGAGACUUCACCACAAGAUGCUCCCUCUUUAGCAGCUGUGGUUACUGACUCACAGGAUCUCCCAACUAUAAUAGAUACACAAGAGGCAGACCACUAUUACUCCCUGACGCGGCGGCCUCGUGGGUACUGUCUGAUUAUAAACAACUACAGCUUUCAGAACGCACGUCCACUACUAGACCGAAAAGGAACAGAUAAAGAUGAAGAGGAGCUCACCAGGACAUUCUCCAAGCUGCAUUUUGAGCCACAGAAUAAGACGGACCUGAGCAGCUCAGAUAUGCUGAAAAUAAUAACGGAGUUUUCAGAGAUGGACCACUCUCAGAUGGAUGCCUUUGUCUGCUGUAUCCUUUCUCACGGGGAGAAAGGAGCAGUCCUCGGCACGGACGGCAAACCGGUGGCGAUUCGUGAGCUCACGUUGCCGUUUGCCCGUUGCCGAACGCUGUUGAAGAAACCAAAGCUCUUCUUCAUCCAGGCGUGCCAGGGCAAACAGCUGCAGAGGCCCGUGUACAUUCAGGCAGAUGGUGACGAAACACCAAGCGAUGAUGAGUAUGAAGAAGAUGCCCAGAGUGUUAUGCUCCGGAGUAUUCCUCUUGAAGCUGAUUUCUUGAUUGGAAUGGCAACAGUGGAGUCCUACAAGUCUUUUCGCCACAUUCGGGAGGGAUCUGUCUUCAUCCAGGCGCUUUGCAAGCAGCUUCAGAACGGCCUGCGAAGCAAAGAAGACAUUCAUUCCAUUCUGACGAGGGUGAACCGUGAAGUGAGCGGUAGAGUGUUAAAUGGCCACAAGCAGAUGCCCGAGCCACGCUACACUCUGACCAAGAAACUGGUCUUCACUGUGGACUGACUCUCCUGAUUAACUGUGCACAGACAUUUAGGCUUCUUGUGACUGGGUCUUCCGUUAGACAGUCUGGUCUGUGUUCCACUUCAGUGGUAUGUGGGCCACUGAGGUUCUGUGGAUGAAGUUUUGGGUAGAUUCCUGUAGAUGCUCUUUUGGGAUUUGUUUAAAACGAUAAAAAGAUUAGGAGUAUAUGAAACGCUUUGAAGCCGUGAAAAUGCUCGCAAUCAUCAUUUGCAGUCAUUAUUUGAUAGCAUAGAAAGCUAUGGGACAAAUGAGAAAUUGUGCUGUUUCUGUUAAUUAAAAGCAUAAAUACAUACAAAAAAUAAGAAUGUAAAAAUAUAGAAUUAUAUAAAACUAUAACAUAAGAAUAAAUCUGAACCUAAUCCAUAUCCAGAUAAACUGAGACCAAUGCUGAAUAUCAUAGAACCUUUUAAAAAGACUUUUUUUUUUUCAUACUUUUAUAUUCAGGCAUUUACAAAAUUUCCUGAACAUCCAAAGAUAAUAAUAAAGUGCUAUAUAUUUUUACAAGUACAAACGUGCCUGCACUCCAAAAGUAAGACCUUACACUAGGUUGUUCUGACUUCAUCAGACCUUCAGGUCAGACCAUCGGUCUCAUCUCAAAGCUCCAGUGUUUCACAGCUUAUGAAUGUUGUCUGCUGUAAUGUAUGUUCUACUUGCAGUCUUGCAGUCUUCGUGCUUUGUCCAGCGGGAAGUACGACUCUUGAAAUGCCUCGAACUGAACAGAGGUGUCAAAAAGCACUGAUCUGAACAGGUCAACGUUAUCAACUUAGGAAUUUCAUAACUAAAUUCAGUAAUAUUCAAUAAAGUAUACACAACUUCGAGCCGAAA